AUAUGUUUGAUCGUGUUGAAAGAAAAAGGAAAGGAGAAAAGAACGAAUAACGAGCUGAAGAAAAAUGCCGGAGGGUUGCACGAGGUGUCGCGGAGCGAAUUUUGUGGCUGGUUCUCUUCAGCUGAAUGCGAAUCCGGGAGGCGGAGGAGCCGGGGGAACGGGAAAUUCGCCGACGUCCGAAUCGUCUACGGGGAGAGUCAAAGUUCGAGCGAAGGUUCUCUAUGGAUCUGGAAAAGCUAUAGCCAGCAUGCAGGCCCACGAAAGGGCGACGAGACAUUGAUAAGAAACACUUUCAUCCUUCUUCUUCUGGCAUCACCGACCUCAGCAAUCAACGAAAAUGACCCACCGCCGACUGCAGGAUCAAAGGACCCCAGUAUAAUUAAUUCGGAAAUUGGGAUCGAUCGAUCGCUAAAAAAUUUCAGAUCCCUCGAACAUCGAACGGUCGGAGAUGGUGGUAGAGAAAAAAAGAUCCGUAGCGAAAAUGAGAGAGAAAAUUUUGAAAAAAGUGAAGAUGAAGAAUCGCACGUUAAAUUCAUCCCGAUCGUAGAAUCGGGCGAUCCGACGAAUUUGUCGAAAAAUGGAGCGAUCGAGAAUAAUUUCGACGAUGAGAAAAUACCUCAUCCUAUAAACGGGAGAAGCGAUUACGGUAGGAUAAAAUCAGAGGAGGGGUCGUCCGAUCGCACGAUAGAUACCGAUGGGAAAAGGUUCGUAAAAAUACCCACCGUCGACGGGGCCGCAAAAAUGAUAUCCAGGAAUUUCAAUACUUACAAAGAAACUCUGGAUAACGUUUCGAAAAUUGUAAUGUACCCGGUGAACGGAACCACAAUAGUGUAUCGAGAGACUACUUUUCGACCUCUUUUACCGGAUGUCGUUGCCAAAGCAGCCGAAGAAGCUAACAACGGAGAAGAUGGAAGCUACCUGCCGUUCGCUACGUGGAGUGACGUCGAACCGGACGUCGACGCAGUGGAAGCCGCGGGACCAGGAGAUGAAAAACCGGACGAUGAAAAUCAAGAAGACCUUGAAGCGAGGGAUGAGGAGGUCGUGGAGGCCGCUGACUUCGGCCUCGAGGCUAUGAACGAUCUCUACUACAUCAAAGAACCGAAACUGUUCUCGAUGGGGUUGUUUCUUACCGAAGAUAAUCCGGCGCGAUACGUUGCCGCUUUCAACGACCAGUCCGACGAGGCCAGACAACUCGCCAGAUUUGGAUUCGCGGCUCUCGAAGGCGCCAAGUUAUACGUAAGCAAGCACCCGGACAUCAGCAGGGCGGAAACUUUUGUCAAAGAUACACGAAGGACCGCGCUGCAUCGUCAAUGUCCUCGGAGAGGUAUUCCGCCGUGUCCACCGGCCAGUUUGAGAUACCGGACGACCGACGGCAGCUGCAAUAAUCCGAACGAGUUGUGGUGGGGCUCCGCCAUGUCGCCCAUGCAGAGGUUUUUGCAGCCGACUUAUCAGGACGGAAUUCAGACGAUCCGCAGAUCGGUGAACGGCAGACUUUUACCGAGUCCGAGGGAAAUAUCCUCGUUCAUUCACCAGGAUCGCGAUAUCCCCCUGGCUUCUGUCACGCACAUGCUGAUGCAGUGGGGACAAUUCGUCGAUCACGACCUGACAGCGACCGGUCAGAGCAGAGGAUUCAACGGGACGGUUCCCCAGUGCUGCGCGAACGGAGGCGCCGGUUUCCAACCACCGGAAUUCAUGCAUCCGGAAUGUCUUCCCAUACCGGUGCCCACCAAUGACAGAUUUUACGGUCCUCUGGGAGUGAGGUGUUUAGAAUUUGUUAGGAGCGGUGCGGCGCCUAGAGAAGAUUGCGGAUUCGGUGCCAGGGAUCAAUUAUCUCAGGUAACGAGCUAUCUCGAUGCUUCAACAGUCUACAGUAGCAACGUACAGACUAGCGACAGUCUAAGACUGUUCAGAAACGGACUUCUUCAGUACGGCAGAAUCCAAUCGAGGAAACCGUUGCUCCCCAGGCAAGAAUCGGAUCUCUGCAGACGCGGUUCUUUGGCAACAAGUUGCUUCAGGGCUGGAGACGGUCGGUUGAGCGAACAGCCAGCGUUGAUAUCGAUGCACGUUAUAUUUUUGAGGCAACACAACAGAAUAGCCACCGAACUGGCUGCUUUGAAUCCUCAUUGGAGCGACGAGAAACUGUUUCAAGAAACCAGGAGGAUCAUCGGGGCGUUCGUACAACUGAUCACUUACAGGGAAUUUCUGCCGAUCGUUUUGGGACCUGAUGUGAUGAAAGCUUUCGAUCUCGAAGUCACGCGAAAAGGAUAUUACGAAGGUUACGAUCCUACGGUGAAUCCGAACGUAGCGAAUUCUUUCGCCGCAGCCGCCUAUCGAUUCGGACAUUCUUUGGUUCAGCACAGCUUCGUUAGAUACGACACCGAUCAUCAGCCAAUAUUCAACAACGUCAGCAUUCACGACGAAUUCAACAAUCCGGUGAAUUUGCACACACCGGGUUCCGUGGAUCGUUUGCUGCUUGGCCUGGUCAAUCAACCCUCGCAAAAACGCGACGAAUUCAUAACGUCCGAAUUGACGAAUCACUUGUUCGAAACUCCCGGAUUUCCGGGUAUGGAUCUGGCGUCGUUGAAUAUCCAGAGGGGGAGGGACCACGGACUGCCCCCCUAUGUGGAUUGGCGUGAACCCUGCGGUUUGUCGCCGAUAAAAGGAUGGGACGACCUCGAUCGCGUCAUGCCGUCGGCUUCGGCGCGUAGAUUUCGCGUGAUUUAUACGUCCGUUCAGGACAUAGAUUUAUUCCCGGGCGGUCUGGCCGAAAAACCGGUUCCCGGGGGACUCGUCGGUCCCACUUUCGCCUGUAUAAUCGCCCAGCAGUUCAGCAAUAUUCGCAAAGGCGAUAGAUUCUGGUUCGAGAAUCCGAACGGGGAGAGCAGCUUCACCCCCGCACAAUUGCAGCAAAUAAAACGAGUCACUUUGGCCCAAAUCCUGUGCAAAACCGCCGACAGCAUCGAGACCAUUCAACCUUUCGUAUUUCUGACUCCCGACACUUUCAGAAAUCAAAGAAUCGAAUGCGCCAACGAGAUCAUCGGCUCUCUGGACUUGGCUCCGUGGGCCGAAAGAGUACCACCUGAACAGAGGAGCAAUGUCAGAACGAGAACUAACAAUAAAGCGAAAAGACGACACGCUAACAGGAGGAAAGGAGACACCGGGAGCGCUGUGAAAAACGACGAUGAUAUCGGAGGCGAUGAGGAUGCGCGAGUCAGAAAUCAGGCGGAAGAGAAAUCUUGGUUUUCAUCGUUCUGGAAUCCACCUAAAACGGGAAUCAAUCAGCAGAACAAGGUCAUAAUAAGACGACCUGCCUACGCGAACGACAAUCUCACCGUACUCGUGCAAAACAACGCGGUGAAUUCGCCCGUGUUCAUCAGCGAUUCGAUAAAAGGGAGCAAUUUUCAACUGACCCAAGCAGAGAACAGACCGUACGCGGCUCCGCAAAAACCGGUCACUCACGACUCCGCCUAUCCGACCGCGUCGUACAAACCGAAUCAUCACACAUCACCCAGACCGAUUUAUUACGACGAUACAGAACCGAAUCCCGUCUUAGAAAUCGUCCACCAACCGGCACCCAAGCCAAAACCAAAGCCAAAACCGAAACCGCCGACUUAUACGAAUCCGAAUCCUUACCAAGGACCCUACAUUCCCCAUAGCGCUCACGAUCCCAGCAAUCCGAAUCCACCCAAUUAUGGAUUCGCUUCAAGGCCGAUCAAUAACAACGUGCCGCACAAUUAUUACUUCGAUUCUUUCGCCGGUACGACAACGAUGAGACCUACCUUGUACACGGUAUACACGACGUUCAAAAGACCGUUGGUAACGGAAAGACCUACGAUUUAUUACGACGAGAUACCUGCGAAUAAUCAAGGCCAUCACCAUGAUCAGCAUCACGUCGAUGGUUACGGAUCUCCCGGUCCUUCGACUUCCUCGUGGUACAUGCCGAAACCUAUUCAGCACGCGACGAACGAUCCGGGUAAUUCGUAUCAAGGAUCAUCUUCGUGGUCGCAGCGACCGAUAUACGAGACCAGUUGGUCGCAUCCCGAGAACGAGAACGGCCAGGACGAAUGGGUGGAAUGGAGCGAAGGUAAUUCGCAAGCGAAUUCGGGUUACGGUUCCAGACCUUCUCACAGCAGACCUACUACGGCGCACCGACCGUCUACUGGUUAUUGGGCGGAAUAUUCAACGUCGACGAAAAAAUAUCCCUCGACUCACAAUUACUUCAACGAUGCGGAAUGGCAGGCGCAAAAUGCCGCGAGUAAUAUAAAUCCGAGACCGUUCACUCAACAGUCGCAGAAGGUAACGAUAGUCAGCGAUUCGGAUACUGAGAUACAUUAUCCGACCACUCAGAGGUUUCAAGCUCAUAAGAAAAACGAAGUGCCCAGACCGCUGAUUAACGACGGAUUCAGAGACGAGGAGGAUGAUUUUGCCGAACAUAAGAAUCGUUACGAAGUCGAUCUGGGCCGCGUUACCGAACAACGUCCGAAACCUGGUCAAUUUUACUACGACAAAAAUGUACUGAGGAGAUAUCCGAGCGCCAAUGAUACGGGCGAUCGGAAAAUCGGUCCGAAUCGUCAUCAAGGGGACGAUACCGGUGCCCAUAAAAGCGGAUAUCAAGAAGACGAGAAAGAUCACGAGAAUUACGGAAUAAAAAUUGACCGAAUAACCGUUAUAGACGACAAGUACAAAAUCGAGCAACUGGAUCCGAACAGGAAAGGAGGUCCUGGACCCGUACGAGACACGGAAACUAAAGCUGACGUUGUGAGAGACGAGAAUAAACUCACCACGACCGCGACGAUUGUUCUGGACGACGAGGAUUACCUGGACGAAGGCGGUGAGGAUGAUUAUUACGAUGGGGAAGACGUGGAUCCCGACAGAGUGGGAAUCCUUGGAUCAUAUUCGGAGACUAUAGAACGCGUCGCGUCGCCGGAGAAAGUGAUGAAUUCGAUAGACUGGAAAAACGUGCAGGAGAAUUCAAGCCUGACAUUGAACCUGGAAAUGCCAAACCUUUUGUCGGACGAGCUUCUGGUCACGAGGGAAAUACCGAAGCCGCUCAAACGAGCGAAACCUGCGAUGUGAAAAGGCAACGGAAGAAAAAAAAAACAACGAUUGAAUUAGAAUUGUAUAUUUAUGAUAGAUCAUAGGUUAAUUUAAACGAAAUAACGGUAACGAUAUUUAUUGAUGUUCAUCUAAGAAAACGUAAGGCCAUCCUUGCUCCGUGGAGAUUGAAUUGUGAAUGUAAUUGUUGCUCAUGAGAUCGUUGCAUCGGAUUCCUUGAUUUAUGAUUUUAUUUCUCAUGCGAAGGACCACAUAAUAUAAUCCGGCGAACCGAAUACGUAUCCCAAAAGUAAUACGAUUGUCUGUAUAACUGUUAUGUAUUUCCGAAAAGUAUUAUUGAGUCAUGUUCGGAGCAGAAGUAGAAUUUUUUUCGUGAA